AAUUAAUCUAUAGGUGAAAUAGAGUGAAAUUAAGUGUUCCCGAGUUGUGGUGGGACCGUUUGGGGUGAAGUACGUCUGAAGCUACUUCCGUAUGCGCGUUUGCGACGGUUUAUUAAUUCUAAGGCCAGCACUGUACUCAAGAUAAAACGGAUCUCGUUUGCGUUGGUCCUAAUUCGCUAUGUUGCUGCACUCUUUGAGCAACUAGUGUUUCUUGAUUUGAAUGAUUUUUCUACUAAUUUCCUGGAAUCCGUUUUUACCCGAUUUAGGGACACAUCAAUUAAGAUGUAUUUGAUGACAAAUCCUACAGAAAACAUUGCUUGGUAUUGUCGGAUAGCUGCAAUCAUGUUUCACAGCGUCGCGCUUAUUCCGUCAAUUUUCAUCUGUUAUUCGGUUGAAUCUGCGGCUAUGUCAUUAAUUGCUUGCACGCACUAUAUUGUUAAGGACUUUGUGGCUUAUUACAAAAGCAAGUUGCGGGACAUCGAACAGCAUUCAGAAUCUGAUGUGCCCAAAGUUGAAUUAUAUAUCACACAGAUGUUGGACGCCUACGAAUCACUUCGAAAAGUUUUCAGGAUGUCCAACGCCGUUUUUGGAAUGCUGCUUAUAGUAAAUUUUCCAAUAUGCCUACCGAUUCACGUUGGAUUUAUGGGAUUCUAUUUAAAAGGAGAGAUCGCCGAUAAAAGUUUGCUGAUAGUCAUGAUUUUAUACUACAUAGGCUUCUUUAGUCAACUUAUCAUAGCAUCUGAGACACACAGAAAGAUUGUUCAAUUUUAUUCUGUGUUGAAUCAAACGCCGUAUUUGAGAAACAAUCCAGCACUGUCGACUAAAACCAUGCUUUCACUUUCCCAUGAUCUAAAUUUAACCACGAUGAGUUUAUCUGGAGGAGGAUUUUUUAACAUGACUUACAAUUUCACAGUUACGGCAAUCGGCGCAUUUGUGACAUAUACGAUGGUUGUCGUCCAAUUUUCCGACGUUAGCCCGUCUCCUAACCUCAAUUCUACUGCGUACUAACAAUAAAAGAAAGUCCAAUAUAAUUGAGUCAUAGUUCACACACAAAUGGACAGUUUUUGAUUUGUUCGUAAAUCUAGAAUUAUGUUAACACCAAUUCUGCAUUAAAAUAUUAUUUGCACAUUCGUUAGGAACGACGCAAUUAAUGUAAUGUCAUACUUAUCAGUAAGUAACCUUAACCAAGCACAAAAUCUAUCGGAUGAUGCACUUUUCUCUUUGUACGAUUAAUAUGGCCAUGAUUAGCACUAGAAGGUCAAUUUUACUUAUAAUUAAUCUGAAUGAUAUACUUAUGACUUAGGAUAAAUUUUCAUGUUUCGCAGUUUAGCUUAGCAGCGAAUACUUAUUACAACUUGUCGUCUUCUCAUAUUGAAAAUGAAGAAACAUUCAAUUACUUCCAGGGAUAGUUAUUUAAGCGUAGAUUUACUCAAAAAUGGCAACACCAGUAAUUUCCAAUCUGUUGUUUGUCAUGCUGAUACUCCACAAGGCUCGAAGCCCUUCUCAAUCCCGUUCAUAAAUUAUUGGAAAGGCUUUUUCGCUUUUGGGUACUUUACAUUAAUCAUUCCAUUUCGACUCAAGAAAAAUGACCAAACUGGAAAACUAGAAAUGCAUUCUUGUUGGUUACAAAAGAUUCUUUGUGCAAUGAUGCAAACUGUGCUACUAUUCGAUUUCACUUCUCUGUUCUGGUCUACCUAUUGGAGUGCUUCAAAGGACAGCAAUUUUAGUUAUUUUACUUCUCUUACCUAUAUUGGAUACGUGGCUUACCACAUCUCACUCAACUACACUUUCUGGUUCAAACAACCUACAUUUUGUUCCGUGUUUGAUAAGUUGCAAAAUUUAACAUUUUACUCUGAAUUUUCUGCAAGAAAAAGCAAAACUUUUAUGAAAGUGAUAUCCAUUGGAUUUUGCGCCAUUAUCUUGCUGAUGGCCUUGACCGAGUCGACCUUAGUGAACAACUUGUAUGUCCACGCGGACCUUAAACUUUACUACGAAUAUCUCUCACAGAAGGCUCAGCUUCAUUUUCUAUUCAUCAAACCCGGAAAUGUUUCAAAAGACGGAUUUUGCUUUCUCCCAAUUUUUGUCACCGUAAUUCAGAUCGUUGUUUUACUUCCGUCACUCAUUUUAGUCCCAUUUUUGGAUGUAUUUGUGCUUCUGAUACCAUUUUCAAUCUGGCGAAUGAUGUGUGGGUUUCAAAGAUAUUACACCAUUACCAUUGGCGGCCCCAUGUCAAUGGAGAAGAUUUUACGAAAGUAUUGGAUGAUAAAAAGUUUGCUGAAAGACGUUAACAAAGCCGUUGGAUUGAUCCUUUGCUGCUGUGUCUCGGUCUCCCUUCCGUAUUAUGCGACCUGGAGUGCCGUCACAUAUUUUAAGGAAAACGUGCACUCCGUAACCCUUCUUCAUGUAUACGGAUUCUUUAUCGUGUUUUUUCUCACUCUCAUCUUAGCUGCUGAUAUCAACAAGAAGGGAAUGGAAUUUUAUUCAUGGAUAAACAACCAAGGCGUGUCUACUAAAAUUUUAACUUCCUUACUCGUGGACCUUAAUUCCAACGAAAUUGCUUUGAAAGGAAUAGGAUUUCAAGUUUCAUAUCGAUUUCUGGGGACGAUCCUUGGAGUAAUUAUCACCUACUCGAUAAUUACAAUACAAGUGCAACUAUCUCGAAAAGGGUUUGAAAACACAGAAUGCAAUUGUUCUGUAGUGAAUGUGUGAAUUAAUAACAAUGGUAAAUGCUUAA